UCCGCAAUUCCACCAUGAAGCUUCCUUCAAGGGUCCUAAGCCUUAGAAAUGCAUCGUGUUCGGGGUUCAAACAUUCGUUUAAUCCCCCUUGUUGUGAUAAAAAGAUUUCUUGCAAAGCGAAAGAUUUUCCCUUGAAUUUCAAUCAAAACUCUCAAUUCUGUGCCUUCCCUUUUCGAUUCUUAGGCUCACAACACAUUAUCGACAAUACCCAGAAUUUGAAUUGCUUACCAAGAUCGGGUUUUGCUUCUUCUAGGCCAUAUGGUGUCUCUAUUCAAGCCAGGGUAGCUUUGAGGGUUCGGUGUUUCUCAACAUUGUUUGAAACCAGUGUAAAAGAUAAGAGUUUCGAGAGACUCCGUGUUCAAAACGAGAAUAACGUUAAGCCACGCGUUGUUGAAAGAGUUGGCAAGGAUGAAAACACCGUAAGAGGAAAUUUUCCUCUAGUUGAAGGUGAAAACAAUGUGAAGAAUGUUGGGGAGGGUUUACAGGAGAAGAAGGGUGGGAUUUUAGCAGAGAGCGACAUCGAAAAGGAGGCAUGGAGUCUGCUGAGAGAUGAAGUUGUGACGUAUUGUGGAUCUCCUGUUGGUACGGUGUCAGCAAAUGAUCCUGGUGAUAAGCAGCCUUUGAAUUAUGACCAGGUUUUCAUUCGUGAUUUCGUGCCUUCGGCUUUGGCUUUCUUGCUUCGAGGUGAAGGAGAGAUUGUCAAGAACUUUCUCCUGCAUACCUUGCAGUUGCAGAGUAGGGAGAAAACUGUGGAUUGCUAUAGUCCAGGACAGGGUUUGAUGCCGGCAAGCUUUAAGGUUACAACUGUACCUCUUGAUGACAAUAAGUUCGAGGAAGUACUAGAUCCAGAUUUCGGUGAAUCCGCUAUUGGUCGUGUUGCACCGGUCGACUCUGGAUUGCGGUGGAUCAUAUUGUUGAGGGCAUACGGGAAGAUCACAGGUGACUAUGCAUUGCAGGAGAGAGUGGACGUUCAAACAGUAAUAAAACUGAUCCUUAACUUGUGUUUAGCCGAUGGAUUCGAUAUGUUUCCGUCUCUGUUAGUCACCGACGGAUCAAGCAUGAUAGACCGAAGGAUGGGUAUUCACGGUCAUCCUCUCGAGAUUCAAGCUUUGUUUUACUCCGCCCUACGUUGCGCUCGUGAGAUUCUUAACGAUAAAUGCUCCAAGAAUUUGGUGAGUGCCAUCAACAAUAGACUGAGUGCACUAUCAUUCCACAUCAAAGAAUACUAUUGGGUUGACAUGAAAAAGCUCAACGAGAUUUAUCGGUAUAAAACGGAAGAGUACUCCAUGGAUGCUACCAACAAGUUCAAUAUUUAUCCAGAGCAAAUCCCUUCAUGGCUUAUGGACUGGAUACCAGAAGGCGGCGGUUAUCUAAUCGGAAAUCUACAGCCAGCUCACAUGGAUUUUAGGUUCUUCACACUCGGGAAUCUCUGGUCGAUUGUUUCAUCACUGGGCACUCCGAAACAGAACAAAGCUAUACUCUACUUAAUCGAAGCCAAAUGGGAUGAUAUUGUGGGACAUAUGCCUUGCAAGAUAAGUUAUCCCGCCGUGGAGAACGAGGAGUGGCGCAUAAUUACUGGCAGUGACCCAAAGAAUACUCCGUGGUCGUAUCAUAAUGGCGGAUCUUGGCCAACGCUUCUUUGGCAGUUUACAUUGGCAUGCAUCAAGAUGGACAGAUUACAAUUAGCCCAGAAGGCAGUUUCUUUGGCCGAGAAGAGGCUCUCGAUUGACCGAUGGCCUGAAAACUACGACACCUGUAGCGGGAAGUUCAUCGGAAAACAAUCUAGCCUUUACCAAACAUGGACUAUCGCCGGUUUCCUAACGUCUAGAAUUAUGGUGGAGAAUCCACAGUUGGCUUCCAUGUUAUUCUGGGAGGAGGACUACGAGCUUCUCGAGAUCUGCGGUUGUGCACCUAACAAAAGUGGCCGGAAGAAAUGUUCACGCGGCGCUGCUAAAUCUCAGAUACUCGUCUAAUUCGAACUCCGUUUCUUCAAGAAAAA